AUGGCAUCUACCUUGAAGCAUGGCUAUUAUGCAGGUUUUAGAACGCUGCCUGGCACGAAGGCCUGGGCGGUCGGUGAGUGGCGGCAGGAGGAGGGGCUGAGGAAGGGCGCGGUCACUGUCUGGGUCGCCGUCCAGACCAGCCAGGGAGCCACAGUGGAUCGCACACCUUACCGCAGCUUCUACCCCGGUUUCGCAGCCCUCGCGCCUAAGGGUUGCUGUGAUUUCAGCUUGAGGAAAAAGGUGAACUAUCAUGACAUCUAUCUGGAACACAAGAAGCCGGAUGCCACAGAUGAGCACUGGGACUGGAGAGAUGACUCAGCAGUUAAGAGCACUUGCUGCUCUUCCAGAGGACCCGGAAGUGUUCUGCUGUGCACCACUAACAACGUUGGACCUCGAGGAACCAUAAGAGAUUAUCCGGGUUUCAGCCCAUCAGUGGAUGCCGAAGCUAUCCGGAAAGCCAUCAGAGGAAUUGGAACUGAUGAGAAAACCCUCAUCAGCAUUCUGACGGAGCGGUCAAAUGCACAGCGGCAGCUGAUUGUCCAGGAAUAUCAAGCCAAGUAUGAACAGGAGCUGAAAGACGACUUGAAGGGUGAUCUCUCUGGCCACUUUGAGCAUAUCAUGGUGGCUCUUGUGACUGCACCAGCCCUGUUUGAUGCAAAGCAACUAAAGAAGUCUAUGAAGGGCACUGGGACGGACGAAGAUGCCUUGAUUGAAAUCUUAACCACCAGGACAAGCAGGCAGAUGAAGGAGAUCACGCAGGCCUAUUAUACAGCGUAUAAGAAGAGUCUGGGAGAUGACAUUAGUUCGGAAACAUCUGGUGACUUCCGGAAAGCUCUGCUGACUCUGGCAGAUGGUAGAAGAGAUGAAAGUCUAAAAGUGGAUGAACAUCUGGCCAAAAAAGAUGCACAGAUCCUCUAUAAUGCUGGUGAGAACAAAUGGGGCACGGAUGAAGACAAAUUCACCGAGGUCCUGUGUCUGCGGAGCUUCCCUCAGCUGAGACUAACAUUUGAUGAGUACAGAAAUAUUAGCCAGAAGGACAUUGAGGACAGCAUUAAAGGAGAGUUAUCUGGGCACUUUGAAGACCUGCUGCUGGCUAUAGUUCAUUGUACGAGGAACACCCCAGCUUUUUUAGCGGCAAGACUUCACCAAGCUUUGAAGGGUGCUGGAACAGAUGAAUUCACUCUCAACAGAAUAAUGGUUUCCAGAUCAGAGACUGACCUCCUGGACAUCCGGCAUGAGUUCAAGAAGCAUUAUGGCUACUCUCUGCACUCAGCCAUUCAGUCAGAUACUUCUGGAGAUUACAGACUCGUGCUCUUGAAGAUCUGUGGAGGAGAUGACUGAAGAAGAUGCUCUCAAAGGCUACUGCCCUGACGACAGGUCUCGGCAACAGCAAAAGCUCUGCUUACAGCUUUCCUACAGUGUCCCAAAGUGCAGACAAAUGCAAGACCGCAACCUGUCUGCCUGCUAAGAAUUGUCAUUGUUCAGUGCAAGGGCAAAAGCAAACAUGAUUUUAUAGUAGAGCAUCUCAUUCAUAAUGUAGAGGUUUAUAAGGGAAAUUCAAUCUACACUUAAAGACCUACUGAUCAUUUCCUACUUUGCUUAGGAAGUUGGAAUGAGUGUAGUCUAUAUCAGGAUACUAAAAAUGGUUGCUAUAAUUUGUGUGAUUGCUUUCAGCAUCUGCCAAUACUGUGUGUUGCCUGGCGCCGACAACUAUCUUAAAAUACAUUUGUUGUAAAUGCUGUU